AUGAAGACGGAGAAGGACGAGGCUGUGCCCACCUUCUCCCUGGGGGGUAAAUAUACCGGAGAGGGGGCAGGUGAGUCUCUUGUGCCACGGCGGGGGGGGUUGGUGAGAGGAGUCAAGGCAGGACAGGGGGUAGAAGCCUUCAGUUGCAGCGAAGCGGCUCUGCCCGGCGGCCCCAUGCCGGUGGCAGGGAGCGGAGGGACCCCAGCCCCGGACCUGCGGCCGCUGAAGCGCAGACCUGUCCCAGGGAAGCACUACCAGUGCUCGAGCUAUGGCUGCAAACUGGCCUUCCCCAGCAUGCAGGAGCUGAUGGACCACCUGAAGGUUCACUACAGACCCACGCAGUCCCUCGAGGGCAAAACCUUCCACUGUCCCACGCUGGGCUGCACAGAGACCUUCCCCAGCAUGCAGGACCUCAUGGCCCACAUGAAGGUGCACUACAAGCCAAACCGCUACUUCAAGUGUGAGAACUGCAUGCUGCGCUUCCGGACGCACCGCUCCCUCUUCAAGCACCUGCACGUCUGCUCCGACAGCGCCAGCAACCCCGCACCACCCCCCAAAGCUGACAAGCCCGUCCUGCCUGCUACCUCUGCCCUGGAGAAGGAACCCCCGGCCAAGCCACCCGAGGGGUUGCCCAAGCUCCCGAGCGUUAUCCGGCCCCCGGAGAAAGAAGCCAUCCUCCCUGGCGCGGACACUGCCCCGGCGGCCCCCGCCGCGCUCCCCACCAGCCUCCCCGAGCUGCCCGGCUCGCUGGAGGCCCUGCCGCUGGUCUCGCCGGCCCCCCACCCCUUCCCGCUGCUGGAACCCAGCCUUUUCGGGCCGUCGUCCUUGACUCGGUUUUCGGGGCCACCCCCCUCCUCGGUGCCGGGGCCGUUCCUGUCCUACGUGCACCCUUCGCCCUACAGCUUGCCCCAGCCCCCGGCGCAGCAUCGCCUCCGGCCCUACAUGCCGGGCCACGGCCCCCCCAUCUCCAACGCCGUCUGGAAGAAAAGCCAAGGUGUGAGUGUCAGCCCACUCCUCCCAUGCUUUGGCUCAGGAGUGACUCCAGGGCACUCCUCCAACAGCCGCAUCGUGUGGGAGCACACGCGGGGCCGCUACACCUGCAUGCAGUGUCCCUACUCCACCGCCUCGCGGGAGGAGAUGACCCUGCACAUCGAGGACCACCGCAAGAACCCCCCGCCACCCGGGCGCCUGGACACAGAGAUGGAUUUCGGGGUGGGCCUCGCCUCCUUCCACGCCAAGCUGACGCCGGAGAUGGAGAACUCCCUGUACUCCCAGCUCUGA